AUGUACUCCCGCACUACGACCUUGCUGAGCAGAAGCUGCCGAUAUCUCCUGCGGUCUCCGGUCCCUCAGAAAGCGACUUUCUCGAUUUCCACGCGCUCAUUUGCGGCUCUGAACGCAGCCAUGGCUGAUACGGCUCCUGGCGCUGUUCAAGUUACUCCCGAUUUGUUGCGAGGUAAACUGGUUGAGCAGCUGCAGGCGCAGCAUGUUGAAAUUGAGGAUUUGUCAGGAGGCUGUGGACAAGCAUUUCAAGCCGUCAUUGUUUCACCCCAAUUCGAGAAGAAGACUAUGCUCGCCCGCCACCGGCUAGUAAACUCGGUCUUAAAGGCAGAGAUCGCUGCUAUUCAUGCUUGGACACCCAAGUGCUAUACCCCCGAACAGUGGCAGGCACAGCAGCAGGGAUCUACUUAG